AUGAGAAAGAAUAUUUUGCUGAUUCGUGCCGAUCUUCGCAGUCUUUUUCUUGAUAUCGUAGCCAUUAUCAUGAUUUCAGGAAUGGCAGGGAUCGCUGCAGGGCGUUUGGCUGAGGAGCGAAAAGCAUGGCGGAAGGACCAUCCAUUUGGAUUCAUAGCUAAGCCUGUAAAAAACCCCGAUGGUACCUUAAAUCUCUUCAAUUGGGAAUGUGCUAUACCAGGCAAAAAGGACACGAUCUGGGAAGGAGGGUUAUAUAAGAUUCUUGAUUUUGUUUUAAGUAUUGAUGUCUCUCUUCAACGCACGAAUGCAAGUUCGAGCUCCAUUGUUCCAUCCAAAUGUUUAUCCAUCAGGCACGUUUUGUUAUCACUUUUGGAUGAGAUAAGGAUGGAAACCGUCACGAUUAAGCAGCUCCUUAUUGGAAUACAGGAUCUCUUGAACAAUCCAAACCCUGACGACCCUGCCCAAGCAGAAGCCUAUCAAAUUUUUUGUCAAAACAGGUACAAGUUUUGUUCUGUACUACAGCGGUAG